AUGACGCCCUCAAAGCGCAUGCGGCUCGGCACUAAAAGCUGCAUGGAGUGCCGCCGAAGAAAAGUCCGCUGCAUCUUCCGGACAGACGAAAACGCCUGCGAGGCAUGUCUGGCCCAUGAGGCCGACUGCAUCGCUCAGCAGGCUGGAGGCGGUGAAGUGCCCAGCGACGAGGUUGACGCUCUGAAGCAGCGCUUACAGGACCUCGAGGCCAUUGUCCGUAAGCUUUCCCCGAAUGAGACGACAUCGGCCCGCUCCGAUUUUGCUAGAGACGAUGCGUCUGUCGUGCUUGAGCGAGAUGCUUGUGGCGGCCUGGCCCCCACCGAGACACUCGCACACUCACAGGCGACGACACCAUCUACCGUAGGCGGGAGGCCACUGUCGGCCGCAAAGCGCGGCGGAGUCGAGCUGUCUUCAAAGGAACCGGCCAUCGAAAACUCGCCAUUAAUGAUUCUAUUCAAGUGCGCCUCACUACUAGACAGAGAGAACAGGCCCGCGUCUACGACACCACCGCCAUUGUGCAUCUCAGCUGCAUUUGGCGUGCUUCAACACCGAGAUCGUUUCGUGUCCCUGCUCCCGUCGACACAAGACCUUGACCAUAUUCUAGAAGCCACAGAGAAGUACUGGCCGAUAUGGCCGCCGUACUACUAUGGAGAGCCCCGGGCAUCUGACGUCCUGGGACCCGGAAAGAGGCAGCUGGCGCGACAGCUAAUGUUCACAGUAGCCACCAGCUCCAUGGAGCCAGGGCUAAUAGCAAGAUCGGCUCUGUGGUUGGCGCUUUGCGUGCAACAGACGUCUAGAAGCGUCUUGUCCAUUCUGAGCAUUUCCUAUCCCCAACAAGACCUGGUCAACUCAUACAUGAGAAUAGCAAAGUCGCUGCUGGAGCUGGACGGGGAGUGCGGUGGAACCAUCGAUGGCAUCGAAAGCAUGAACAUGCUGUACAAGCUGUACAUCAAUAUGGGGCGGCCGCAAAACGCGUGGUACUGGUGUCGACAAGCCAUCACCACGGCCGUGAGCUGCGGCCUCUCUCGCGAGGUGGACGCGCUGGAUAUGCGCGCCGCGUAUGCGUGGUCCACGGCAUGGCAUGCCGAGCGGCUCAUGGCCCUGAUGCUAGGGCUACCGACGUCCGUUUCAGCAAACCACCCGGGAACGUUGUCCAACUCACAUUCCAUCUCGUUGAUGAGCCGCAUAAUGUGGUCGGUGGCACUCAUCUGCGGGAAGGCCAUCGACCGCGACCAGGCGGACUACGCUGUAGUUAACUAUGCGACGACUGUCGAGAUCGACCAGGAUAUUGAAGAAGCAUACCGCCUGUUCCCAGACGAGCACUGGUUCCAUCUGGCACCGGAUAUGUCGCUCUCCGACUGCUGGAACCAGCAAGCCAGCAAGAUCAUCUUCUUCACGACCCUUAAGCUCGUGCACAUGCCAUACAUGCUCAAGUCAGUGGACGAAUCCAAGUUCUUUCACAGCUGGGACCGCGCCAUGGAGGGCGCCCGUGGAGCGGCGAGGGCAUACACCGACUUUAGGACAUGGGCCGGUGGCAGCGUAGACCAAUGCGAGCUAAUGGACUUUCAAGCUUUCAGCGCAGCCAUGGUCGUCAUCAUAGGGCACUUGAUAUCCCCUACGAGAGCUACACCACUCGUCAAAGAACAGGACUGGGCUCUCGUCCGAGACGUGUCUUUCUGUCUGAGGCAUACCGUUGCCAUCAUGGACUGUACCGUCGCCGCGCAGGCAGCCCACAUCCUCGAUCUAGUUAACGCGGCACGGCACGGGGCCUACAUUGCCGACGAUGAUUACGCCGUAGCCAUCCCCUAUUUUGGGAGAAUGCGCAUCAACAAGAAGAGAAUCUCGACGGAGAACCUGAAAGGUAGCGAAAAUAGCGGCACCAGCCCUCAUCUUAGUCCUGUGCUGCCAUUCGACUCAUCAGCUACGCUUCCGGAUACGCACUUCAACACCGUCGAUUUUAGCACCAACAUAUUCACGCACGAGUACCCUUUCAAACUUGACUUUGAGACGGAGCUUUGCUCCGACUGGGCGGACCCGGCACUGCUGUGCCCAGAAACAGACUGGUCCCAAACAUUUAGAUGCGGCCCCUUCUACCCGUUUGACGGCUAG